AAGCCCUUAAGAAACCGAGGUUUGGCUCCACUUUUCAGUUCCCACUUUAUCCAACCUUUUGUAGUUGCUCCAACUUUUUUCUUUUCCUACAUGGGUUCCCAAGAAAAAGAGCAUCAUGUUAAUGUUGUUCGUGUUCAUGUUGAGGGUCCUAUAAUCGUAGGUGCUGGUCCUUCUGGCCUAGCCGUGGCCGCGUGUCUAUCAGAGCACAAAGUCCCUUUCGUGAUUCUCGAGCGUAGCAACUGCAUAGCCUCUCUUUGGCAACACAAAACCUACGACCGUCUCAAACUCCACCUCCCAAAGCACUUCUGCGAGCUUCCCCUCAAGGGCUUCCCCAACACUUUCCCAAAGUACCCCUCUAAGUACCAGUUCAUAUCCUACAUGGAGUCCUACGCCAACCACUUCAACAUUCACCCCAAGUUCAACCAAGGGGUUCAGAGUGCUCACUUUGAUAAAGGGUCCAAGCUUUGGAUCGUUAGGACCCUUGAGUUUGAGUAUGUUUCCCACUGGCUUGUGGUGGCCACUGGCGAAAAUGCUGAGCCUUUGGUCCCUAGAAUUCCUGGCUUGGCCCUCUUUCGUGGGCCCAUUGCUCACACCAGUGUCUACAAGUCUGGCUCUGGCUACACAAACCAAAGGGUCUUGGUCAUUGGCUGUGGCAAUUCAGGCAUGGAAGUUAGCUUGGACCUUUGUAGACACAAUGCCACUCCUUACAUGGUUGCAAGAAACACAGUACAUGUGCUUCCUAGGGAGAUGUUUGGCUUCUCAACAUUUGGCAUAGCCAUGGCUCUCUUUAAGUGGCUUCCGAUCAAGUUAGUGGACAAGAUCCUCUUGCUUGCAACAAACGUCAUUUUGGGCAACACAAAUCACUACGGCAUCAAGAGGCCCAAAACCGGCCCAAUAGAGCUCAAACUCGUCACAGGGAAAACCCCUGUCCUUGAUGUGGGUCAACUUGCACAAAUAAAAUGUGGCAACAUUAAGGUGAUGGAGGGUGUGAAGGAGAUAACAAGAAAUGGUGCCAAAUUUAUGGAUGGACAAGAAAGAGAAUUCGAUGCUAUAAUCUUGGCAACAGGGUACAAGAGCAACGUGCCUACUUGGCUUAAGGGGUGUGAUUUUUUCACCGAAGAUGGAAUGCCCAAAACGCCCUUUCCUCAUGGGUGGAAGGGAGAGGAGGGAUUGUAUACGGUGGGGUUCACGAGAAGAGGUCUUCAAGGAACGUCGUGUGAUGCCAUCAAGAUCGCACAAGACAUAGCGGAACAGUGGAGAACUGUAGAGGAUCCAAGUCAUUGCAAUUCACAUAUCAUCCUAGACCUUAACUUACCCCAAUAAGAUGUGCAAGUUUUUAUUUGUUAACUAAGGAGAAAAAAAACAAGAAGGGAGAAUUGGAAAAGGAGAAAAGAAUACGGAAUUAGGGCAUA